AUGAUGCAGCCAACGCCAGCACCAUCGUCUCUUCCAGGAUCUCCAAAGGGCGAUGUCAAUUCGGUGGAGGAAUCAGUCACGUAUCCCGCUCCACCUCAAAACAACGGGAGCGCUCCUUUCUCUGUUCUUGCUGGUUUGUUCGAGAGAUUAUCUACUGAAAGAAAACCGGAGCGAAGAAGAAAGUUGUUGGAUGCCUGGUUCAACCACUGGAGAGAAGAAAUAGGCCAUGACUUAUAUCCUGUUCUACGCCUCAUUUUGCCUCAGAAGGACCGAGAGCGUGCUGUAUAUGGCCUCAAAGAGAAAAAUCUGGCUAAAACAUACAUUAAACUAAUCCCUCUUGGUAUGAGAGAUCCAGAUGCUAUACGCCUGCUCAACUGGAAGAAGCCAACUGAGAAAGAUAAAAGUUCUGGCGACUUCCCCAAUGUCCUUUAUGAAGUUGUGAACAAACGGUCUUCAGUCAUCGAAGGCUCUCUUUCAAUCACUGACCUCAAUGAAAUACUCGAUGAGCUGUCUAAAAAUCUAGGCAAACAGGACAUCCAGUCAAAGAUAUUGCAACGAGUAUACAACAGAGCAACUCCCGAAGAACAACGUUGGAUAGUAAGAAUCAUCCUAAAAGACAUGGUGAUAUCCGUCAAAGAAACAACUGUUUUUGGGGUUUUGCAUCCAGAUGCUCAGGACCUAUUCAACACUUGUUCAGACCUUAAGAAGGUUGCCUGGGAACUAUGGGAUCCCUCUCGCAGACUUAAAGCCGAGGAUAAAACUAUACAAUUAUUCCGUGCCUUCGCACCGAUGUUAUGUAAAAGGCCAACGCGCAAGAUUGAAGAGUCUGUGAAAGAGAUGCAAGGUCGUAAGUUCAUUAUUGAAGAAAAACUUGAUGGAGAGCGCAUACAAUUACACAAGCGCGGAAAUGAAUAUUUCUACUGUUCAAGAAAAGGAAAGGAUUAUACCUACCUGUAUGGCAAUCACGUCGGGACGGGUAGCCUGACGCCUUUUAUUGCUUCGGCUUUCGACGACCGGAUAGAAGAUAUAAUUCUCGACGGCGAAAUGCUGGUAUGGGAUCCCGUUUCAGAGCGCAAUCUUCCUUUCGGUACUCUCAAAACAGCAGCCCUCGACAAAACUAAGAGGGAACAUAAUCCCCGGCCAUGCUUCAAAGUAUUCGAUCUCCUUCAUUUAAAUGGCAUGUCACUUCUCCAGAAAUCUCUCAAGUUCCGCAAACGCAAUCUUCGUGCAUGUAUUAAAGAAAUCCCUGGUCGCAUUGAGUUAGCCGUAGAAUUUGAGGGUAAGACUGCGAAGGAUGUCAGAGAGAAAAUGGAUGAAGUAAUGGCAGCAAGGGGGGAAGGUUUGGUCAUCAAGCAUCCAGAUUCUGAAUAUGUCCUAAACGGUAGAAAUAAAGAUUGGAUCAAGGUUAAACCGGAGUAUAUGGACAAUAUGGGCGAGACUGUUGAUGUGUUGGUUGUCGGUGGUAACUACGGAAGUGGAAAACGUUCUGGUGGUGUUUCUACUCUCAUAUGUGCUGUUCUCGACGACCGGCAUUCUUCCAACGACGACGAAGAGCUCAAAUAUAGUAGUUUUGUUCGCAUAGGGUCUGGCUUGACCUUUGCAGAUUAUAUCUGGGUGCGCCAGAAACCCUGGAAGCUUUGGGAUCCCAAUUCUCCCCCUACCUUCCUGCAGACUGCGAAACGGUCACAGGAUGACAAGGGUGACGUAUAUCUUGAACCAGAGGAUUCAUUUAUGCUGAAGGUUAAGGCCGCUGAAAUCACAAUAUCAGAUCAGUACCAUCUGGGUUUCACAAUGCGCUUCCCUCGUGCGCUUUCUAUCCGCGACGAUCUUUCUAUCGCAGAUUGCAUGACAGCAACUGCUAUCCUGGAAAAUUUACGAACUGAGAGAAAGAGAAAAAUGGAGAGCGACUCCAGUAUGAGCAAGAAGAAGAAAAGCAAAACGAAAGUUGCAAAGCCUUCCAUGCUCCCAGAAUAUCAAGGGCUCAAGCUCAAUUCAAUUGAAAUCGAGUCAAAUAUAUUUGAAGAUAUCAAGUUUGUGGUAUCUUCGGAUCCGAAAUCGAGGACAGGAGACCAUGACAAAAAGGAGCUGAUGAAGAUGAUUCAUGCCAAUGGUGGUAGCUGCGCUCAAGUAGUUACUAAUCAACAGCCAAGCAUGGUGAUUUACGGUGGUUCGACAACACCAUACGAUAUUAGACUUUUGAUCAACAAAGACACUGUUGACAUUAUCCGGCCACAAUGGAUCGUAGACUGCGUUGCUCGCGGGGAGAUUCUCCCGCUCAAGAAGAAGUAUUUUUUCCACGCAACGUUCGAUCGCCAACAAUCUGCGGAUUACAACCAGCCCGAUACUGAUGAAGACGAGGAUGAAAUUAUGGCCGAUGAAGAGGAUGCUAGUUUACGUGUUCCCGUGACCCCUGAUCUGAAGGGGCCCAAGGUAGAGGAAGCUGACGACAUAGAUCCCUCAUUGGCAGACUGGUUUAAAGUCGGAGCAAAAGCGCCUGAAGAUAGCGCCACCGAAUCAGAAACGGAUGCCGACUCCGUGAAUGACGAUGUGAAUCCUGAUGAGGAUGAGGACGACUGGUUUAAAGUUAAACCUGAAGGAAGUCUCAUUGCAGACAAGAGCGUUAUAACAGAUGUGCCGGACUCAAGCGCUCAACCCAAGGAUGAAGAUGUUUCAAUGGGGGCAGAUUCCGGUAUGGAAUACGACCCCAAUUUAAUCUUUAGAUACCUAUGCUUCUACCUCGAUUCACCGGACAACGCUCGCAAACACGGAAUGACGGUGCGAGCGAAGCAUGAAAAGGAUGUCGCUCAGAGUUUCGUCGACAUCUCGAAGAUGAUUCAAGAAAAUGGCGGACAAGUGGUGGACCUUGACGACCCCAAGCUCACACAUAUAGUAAUGGAUAAGCGGGAUGAUUCCCGUCGUGUAGAGCUUAUUCAGCGCACGUUCAAGCCAAAACGACGUCGGUUGGUUAUAGCUGGGUACAUCCAAGCCUGCCUAGAGGAAGAAACUUUGUUGGACGAAGAAGAGUUCACUCCAUAAUGUUCCGAAUCGGUGUGGACAAUAUAAUAAUGAUAAUUUCAUAUCUAUGUAUCUUUACAACUUUCAACGUGAAGGUAGUGAUAAAUUGCAUAAUGACUCGGAUGAUAAACGACUGCGGAGGCCCCAAGAAAUUUGGAACGAAACUAACACAAAAAUACUGAUGUAGCAAAGCCCAAGCUUUUCUACAUGGUGGUGCCAAUGUUAGAUACAUUUGAACGAAAUACGAAAAAAAUCAUCAGUCCCAGCUGACCAACGAAUAAUAGGCUACAUAAAAAUAUCCUGCAUUUCAUAAAGUCGCAGCGCACGCAAAAUGUCACUUUAGCCCAAUUAUCAAAACCAUCUCGCCCAUUUUCCUGGGCUAGGCAUGCUAGGACUCUCAUACAGCAAUCCUUUACGGCCCUCGAACAGCCCUGCUGGACUGUCCUGUCCGCCCAUCCGCGCCCC